UCCCCCCGAUGGAGUACGCGGCGGAGGAACAUAGUAACAUGUUCCUCGAAAGCCGCGACUCCGAGGGGAGACCCAUAAGAUGGUCGGCGACUCACCGUGCUCGGCAGAGACUCCGGCACCGGGGACGCAUAAUCGCCACGUGGCGAGAGGCGCUCUUAGCCUCGGGGAACAACACCCCGGGGCUGCGCGUCGUCGGUGCAAUCGGGCCCCUCCUUGACCAGUGGGUCGAUAGGGGAUGGGGUGGGCUGUCCUUCCGGAUGACCCAGGUGAUGACGGGGCAUGGCAACUUCGGACAUUUCCUGGGUCGGAUCGGAAGGGAGCAAGACUCCCGCUACCACCAUUGCAGCGCGGGGGACGACACCGCCCAACAUACGUUGGGCGAGUGUCCGGCGUGGGCGGACGAGCGGGAGGCGCUCGUCCGCCUGUUAGGGCGGGACCUCUCUCUUCCAGCGGUGAUUACCGCAAUAUUAGAAGAGGAGAGGUCCUGGCACGCGUUUGCCUCCUUCUGCGAGAAAGUCAUCUCGCAGAAGGAAGCGGCGUAGCGGGAGUGGAGGGG